GACCUUGGACCUGCCUAGUGACACACUCGAGGAGAUAUCCGCACCAGAUCAAUGUCAAGCGGGGCCGCGGUACUCUGUGAGCACAACGAGAAGCAAUGGCCAGAUCAAGACCAACUAGGUACUGCAGAGGUGGACCGCUGUCCCGUCUGGAUCUCCUUGGGAGGACUGCCGUGACCAUAGAGGUGCCCCAAGGAGAAGAACUGGACCGGACGAUUUUCACAGCAAAAGCAGUACCCAGAGUUGGCAGAAUGCUGUCUGUGACCCCUGACCCGGAAACCAUCAUUAUCAUCAGCAGAGACACCGUCGAACCCGACUGCAGCGUGUGUGUGGACAAAGUUCCCGGACAGACAUGUGAUCCCAGAAGUCUAAUCCUGGGAGAAUCUCGUAACACCUCCGUGGAGUUCACGUGUCCUCACCCCGAGGAGGUCUUCAGUGUGGAGAUCAACAGAGAAAUCGACUGCACCGCGACUUCCUGCUCUGGCAAUAUUGUCCAGGCUGAGUCCGCACUGUUUCCUGACUUUAAACGGACCUUCACCUGGGAUCUGAAAGUCGGCUCCACUCGGGCCUUCCAGCUGGACUUCCCUGAGCCAGGAAUGCAGCAGAUUGCCAACGAAGACGCGUGUCCAGAUGAGCACACAUACGUUCUCGUUACUUACCUGCGAACGGGCCCUGCCAACGUUGGAACCUUCUGCAAGGGAGGUACUGUGUCGAGCAUCCAGGUGCGCUACAAGGGCCGCGUCUCUCUCCAGGUGCCGGGGGAGACGAAGAUGGAUCCGGUUGACUUCAAACUCAGUGUUGGGCCUGUGACCAGCAUGGUGGCAAUUGUGAAAGUCAACCUACCGCCAGGCGUCUCUGACACCACCUUCAUCUCUGCCAACUAUCCCGACGAUUUCCCUGACAACCAGCAGAUGCAGUGGGAUUUCGCUGUGCCCGGCAUGCACAACUACACCGUACAUUUCCACGAUCGCACGGCUCCGGAGUGCCUCGGCAAGGACGUGGAAGUGGAGUACAGGCAAUGGGACAAGAAGGUGACCAAAGCGGGUCUGACCGACAAGCAGCCGGAACGUCGGCAGGGCAACUUUGAAAUGGUGCUGAAGAAUUGUGAAACCAACAGGACGUUGCAAGGACUCUCCUUGAAAUACAGCGUGUCUGUUACGAGAAGUGGUCAUCCAGUUUUGUGCACAGUGGACCUUAGCAAACACCCCAAAGUGUCUCUGCAGCUUGAGAAAGUGGCUUCCGAUCCCUAUUGUGAGAUGAGCAUUAACUCAGAAGUUUUAAAGACGAUAAACGUCGCGGCAGGCGGUAAGGCCGAGCUCUCCUUCCUCGACUGCCCCAAUGAAGACGUACGAUUGACAGCCAGUAAACUUAUUGCAGGUUGCCAGGAUGUAGCUUCCUGCUCUGAGACCCUCCUCACCGUGCCCACAUUGGAUUCCUGUCUCCGGAUGCCCCUCCACAGCUUUACCUGGCACCUCAACAUCCCCCAGGACAGCACCAUUGAUCUGGUGUCACCAUCAGGGGGUCUUCAACAAUCAGUGCCAGGCCAGGAGUGCACCGCUGCUGUCUCCCUGCACGUGGAGGAGAGCGAAGGCUUCUCUUUGGGAGAUUUCUGCGCCAACGGGAUCAUCCAGAAAGUUCAGGUGCACGCCAACAUCUCCGUCACGGCGAUGACCCGAGACUUCAGCAAGACGAAAGGGCCUUUUCUCAAUGUAACGUUCAGUGAGGAGAUCCCAGAGACCAUCAUUUACAAAGUCAGCCCCCAUAAAUCUUCUCCUACCCUGCUGGCCACCCCCAACUGGCCCAAAGGAAUGAGGCCUUCGUCCACCGUGUCCUGGAUUGUCUCUUUGCCGAGCCAGUACCAGGCACGGGUCCAGGUCGUCAACGUCAGCCAGCCCAAAUGCAAAGACAGGCACACGGCCAUCAAGGUCAAGUUGCUGGACUCCGAGAAGGAGCUCCUGAGCCGCCGCGAGGACGAGAAGACUGACGACAAGCUACUGGUGCCUCAGAGCUUCUAUCUCAACAUGUCCAACUGUAUACCAGAGGAGGGAAACUUCGGAGCAGUCACCCAAAUCGUUUUAGAGCCGAAGACCAAUCUGUUGGCCAUUCUUCUCGGGAUAGUGGGAGCCCUUCUUCUUCUCCUCAUCAUUUUGGCUGUCGUCUGCUUCUUUAUAAAGAAAAAGAAAAAAGAGCGACUGGACAAGGAGGCGUCCAUCUACAUCGGCAGAGGGAAUAUUUUCCGUCCCGGCGAAAGACAAUUCAGCAAAGCGCGGUCCGACAACGAGUCCCACGUGUACGCCUCCAUAGACGAGACCAUGGUGUACGGUCACCUCCUGGGGGACUCCAGCUACGCGGACAGCAUGCAAGACCAUUUCAAGGGAAUGCAGUUGGACUCCUACCAAACGUUUACAGGGCCCUCCGAGCUGCCCGUCCUCAACGAACCGGAGCCGGAACCCGAGGUGGAGCACUUCAAUACGUUCCUGGACCCGUCCCACUCGUUCAUCCCGCCUCGUCCGCGCACGCCCAUCGACCGGCAGGACAGCCUGGGCUUCCAGGACCGCCGGAUGGUGGACAAUGAACUCUACACGUUCAAAAACACAGGGGAGAUGAACACCAUCCGACUCUCUGGUGCCGACAUGGAACCGGAACUACCGACAUCGGAGUUGUAGGACUAGAGCUGCGUGAUGAUGAUGAUGAUGAUGAUAAUUCCUGUUACUUCGCAGAGAUGGGAAUUCCUGUGCCUCAGUCUCACUCAGGGAAUCUGAGUUGAAACAUUUCUUAAACUUGAGCUUUAUCAUAAUUUUCAAAAGCUUCCGGAAGAGGAGCUGUGAACUUAUUUUUAACUGUCUUUAUUCCACCUCUGCCAAGGUGGUUUGGAUUUUGGAGCAGGGAUUUUAUUUUUUUUUUUAAAUGUUAGUCUGUUUUUAUUUACCUGUAAUUUCAGGGGUUUUUUUUUUUUUUUUUUUUUUUUUUUUAAGAGAAUAAACUUUGGGGAAAAGCUGCACUGCCUUCAUUUGACUGAAGCAACACUUGAGGUUUUGAAUUGUGGAGGAGGAAUAUUAUUUCCACCGCAGGAAUCUGGUCCAUGACAAACAUGGAAGGGAAAAGGGAAAGAAGCACUGUAAGCUUCAGCGUGGCGGUCAUAGUAGUCCAAGUUUACAUAGUUUAUUACCACCAAUUCCUAUAAUUAUGAAAGCUUAAAACGUCUUUUAGGGAAGAACAGUGGAUUUGCUGUUUACGUCUUCCUCAAAUUUGAAGUUCGGGGUUUGAAUCCCAGCUCCAGCCUUCCUGUAAGUUUUCUCUGGCUUCCUCUACAUCCCAAAAAAUGUGUGUACUGCCACUCAGCUAGAAUCAACUCCAGCUCACCCGCUUCCCUAAUGAGGUCAAGCAGUAUAGAAAAUGAAUGGAGGGUAACAGAAAGAAUAAAAAAAAAUAUAUAUUUUGAAAGAAAUCCAGAAUUUUCUUUGACUCCAAGAUAGGGGGCACGGUGUGCUUUUACAGUUUAUUAAGCUUUCAGGUUACAUCAGGCUAGACUUCAGCUAAAGUUCUGUGUUUAAAAUGAAGAUGGGUAAAAAAAACAAUAUUCUUCAGGCUCAAUGUGAGACUUGUCAGCGAGAUCCAGAAUGCAGCAUAGUACAGUUUUGACAGGCACGUUAUGAAAUAAUUGAUGUGGCUUUUGGGUUGCCUCGUCAGAGGUCAGCACACCCAAUUCAUAUUGUAAGUUCUCUGGCGACUUGGUACACCUGCAGUUCUACAACCAUAAUGCUAAACAAAUGAACACCUCAGUAAAAACUGAGAAUUGUUAUCGCAAGGCUUUUUGUUUUUUUUGUAUAACUGUCUCAUUCGAUUUUGCAGGUUUACACAAUGUUAUGGCUAGUAGUGGUGUCUUUUAAUAUUACAUCACAUGCAGCUCUAGUUAAUUUGUAAAGGGAACGUAAAAGACUUGCAAUAUAUCUGGUUUUAGUGUUUUGUUUGGAACACAGCGAAUGGAAAUUACAGCCAUGCAACUGACUGCAAUCAUCAAAUUCAGGAACAGAUGUCUUACAAAAAAAAGAAGGUAAAGUGGCAUUGCAGCAGAAUUACAUACCAAGCAGCUAUUUAGGAUUAUACUGCACACGUGAUCA